UUGACGCGGGAUUUUAACGGCAAACCAGCCCUUACAAUACGACGUUAUGAUGAUAACUCAAAAAGUACUUAUGAAAAGGAUGCAGUUUCUAAACCAUCAAUAAGAGCCGAUUCCUUUAGUGCUAGUGACGAAAAUGAUAAAGUACCUUUGGAUGCCAAACAGGAAGAUAAUGAAAAUAAGGAAAAUAAAUCAGAAAGCAAACAAAGUGACAAAGAGGACUCAAGCAAUGGUAACUUACUCCGAUGUAUUAUGGUCAAAUAUAAGUAA